CGGCCAGGGGAGUGAAUGCCACAGCAGGCCAAGGGAGAGGCAAGGUGGGCGAGCAGAUCUGAGUUGGGGCCUGCAGACAGCCUCAGAAUAACUCCCGCCUGCAGACUGGCUGCUAAACUCCAUCCGUCCACAAAGGAGGGCAAGCAAAACAGGAGAUGUCCUUCGCCUUUUAAAAGAAAAAAAGAAAAGCAAGGCACUAGAGCAAAACAGAUGAGCCACCCGCACCAGGAUGACAGGAAGAAGGGCCUGCAGGCUGCUCACACGUACGAUGACGUCUCGGAGUUUCCAGUCUAUGCUACUGUGAACAAGCCCAGGAAUGUGAAGCGUGAUGACAGCGUGCACUAUGCAGAUAUCCAGGUGUUCACCAGGGCCCGGGAGCGCUCGGCCCAAGAGGUGAAGAACUUGCAAAUGCAGAAUGCAACGGAGUAUGCCACCCUUAACUUCCCCCAUCCCAGACUGAAAUACGACAGCAGAAAUGGGACCCUGGUGUAAGAGGUGCAGCAGCCUCCUUCAGCAAAAGUGUUUCACAGACUGAGAUGCCGUAGAUUCAAGCCUGUACCAUGGACGCGUGGGUCUCUCUGAGAAUGUGCAGAGAACCUGGAUCCUCCAGUUGUAUUUGGUUUUGAAGGACUCUAAUAUUUGUCGUAACAGAAUAAAACUUUUCACUGGGUUUUGCUGAGAAAAUCCAACUUA